AUGGUGCACACCUUGAAAAACUUCAUAAUUUUGCUGAGUGUCAUCGGAAUCGUCAGCAGUUUCGCCACGACGAUUUCGUGCGCAUUUUGCGUCUCCGGCGUCGCUUCCAUAAAUCAGAAAAUCAACUCCAAUCCCGACAUGAAGGUUAAUUCUUCUCGAACAAACAAAUCAAUUUGAAAAAUGCAUUCUCGAUCGAUGGUGAACUUUUCCUAAAAAAUAAACGUUGUACUAUAUUUUAUUCGCCAACAUCUUCACUGUAAAUAUUCUAUGAAACUGUUUUUUCUAGCGUAAAUCAAAGCUCAAACUGAAAUAUAUUCAUGCAAUUUUGGUUGAUGAACCCGGUAAAGAUUCUGUAAGUCGCAAAUUACAAAACCAACUCAUUUUCAAGGAAUAAAGGCUCAAAAUCUCAAAACCGCUCAAUUUAUGAAUUUUGAUGUUUUUUUCGACUUAGAUGUGCUCUUUCCAACUCGGAGAUUUGUAACGCGAAUCGGACGUGUCGGGGCAUUUCUAGCGACCACUUUAGUAACAUCAGCACUCUUAAGUGAUCCCUAGAAUUGUACAGAAACGUUCAGAGCACGUCCGUUUCGCGUCAUCCAUGUCCGCGAAAAAUUUUGCAAGUUGACUUUCCGGAUCAUGAAGUCUCGUAAAUCAAGAGGUAUUCUGAUCAAUUUUCGGGGUUUCCAGCCAAAAAAUAAAAAAACUAUCCUUGUUAAUUGUAAUUUUUUUCUAUCGGAAAUUUAUACUGAUAAUGAAUGAACUAAAUAUCAAAAAAAAAGUUCUAAAAUUUCAAAGUUUGACCUCAAUCUUUGCAGGCCCAACUCGGCGUUCAAAUGUCGAUGGGAUGCGACCAAAUAACGGUCCAGAUGACGCGUCAACUGUGUCGCGAGUCGCUCAACGACAACUUCAACGUCUUUUACGCGGUAAAUCGCAUUUUUAAAUUACAAUAUUUCUUUCGAUUCAAGAACUUCUCGAUGCAGCCGGACCAAGAACCGUCAACCCUUUGCAAAUCAAUGGGCUACUGUUCAUAG